UGUUUCCGGCGAGAGGACGUGAGUGAGUGUUUACACCGGCGGCCCUGCGGCCGGGUUCCUUCCGCGGGACGGGGAGAAAGAGAGAGCGCGAAAGAGAGAGGAUGUCUCUCUCAGAUUGGCACCUGGCGGUGAAGCUGGCUGACCAGCCACUUGCCCCCAAAUCUAUUCUUCGGUUGCCAGAGACAGAGCUUGGAGAAUACUCACUGGGAGGCUAUAGUAUUUCAUUUCUGAAGCAGCUCAUUGCUGGCAAACUCCAGGAGUCUGUUCCAGACCCCGAACUGAUCGAUCUGAUCUACUGUGGCCGGAAGCUAAAAGAUGAUCAGACCCUUGACUUCUAUGGCAUUCAGCCUGGGUCCACAGUCCAUGUUCUGCGCAAGUCCUGGCCUGAGCCUGAUCAGAAACCGGAACCUGUGGACAAAGUGGCUGCCCUGCGGGAGUUCCGGGUGCUGCACGCUGCCCUGCACAGCAGCUCCUCCUACAGGGAGGCGGUCUUUAAGAUGCUCAGCAAUAAGGAAUCUCUGGAUCAGAUCAUUGUGGCCACCCCAGGCCUCAGCAGUGACCCCAUUGCUCUUGGGGUUCUCCAGGACAAGGACCUCUUCUCUGUCUUUGCUGAUCCCAACAUGCUUGAUACGUUAGUGCCUGCUCACCCGGCUCUGGUCAAUGCCAUUGUCUUGGUUCUGCACUCGGUGGCAGGCAGCACCCCGCUGCCGGGGGCCGACUCCUCUUCCCGGGGCAUGCCCUCCAGCUCGUACCGGGAUAUGCCAGGUGGCUUCCUGUUUGAAGGGCUCUCUGAUGAUGAGGAUGACUUUCACCCAAGCGCCAGGUCCACGCCCUCGAGCAGCACACCCAGCUCCCGCCCAGCUUCCCUGGGGUACAGUGGAGCUGCCGGGCCCCGGCCUAUCACCCAGAGCGAGCUGGCCACCGCCCUGGCCCUGGCCAGCACUCCGGAGAGCAGCUCUCACACGCCAACUCCUGGCACCCAGGGCCAUUCCUCAGGGACCUCCCCAAUGUCAUCUGGCGUCCAGUCAGGGACGCCCAUCACCAAUGAUCUCUUCAGCCAAGCUCUACAGCAUGCGCUGCAGGCCUCCGGACAGCCCAGCCUUCAGAGCCAGUGGCAGCCCCAGCUGCAGCAGCUGCGUGACAUGGGCAUCCAGGAUGAUGAGCUGAGCCUGCGGGCCCUGCAAGCCACCGGGGGGGACAUCCAAGCGGCCCUGGAGCUCAUCUUUGCCGGAGGAGCCCCAUGAACUCCCUGCUCCUCCUGAGCCCCCAGCAAACUGCCAAGGCCGCUGCCCAUGGGAAGCACUCUUGAAGGUGCCCCAUCCCUCCUCUCCCCAAUACAUCUGAUGGUCGACCUUC